GUAUGGAAUAACGUUUAUAUAAGAUCAAUAAUAUUUGAUCAUUUAAAAAUUUAUCAUUUUGUGCAUGAAUAUACAUCAAAAGAAUAUAAUAUGUUUUGUUUAAAAACAUUGAAAUUAUUCAAAUACAAAUCAUAUAUAACAGAAUUAAACUAUCAUUCAGAAUCAUUUCAAUUUAAUUUUGAAGAUAAUGAAAUCAACGAAGAUUUGUUUUAUACAGAUUUAACUUUAAUUAGCAAUAAUGGAGAUCAAGAUAUGAAAUUACCAUCAAGUAUUGAAAGAUUAACAAUUCAUUCAAAUGAAGAUCUAAGCAAUGGUUUUAUUCCAGAUUCAGUAAGAUCUUUAUGUUUUACCACAGAAUUUAAUCAAGAAAUUCAAUCUGGGGAUAUACCCAUCAAUGUAACAUUGGUAUCGAUAGAAACUUUAAACUAUACAAAACAAAUUAAACCGGGUGUGUUACCAAUGUCAGUAGUUUCAUUAUCAUUUGGUUCAAAUACAUUUACAAAUAGUAUUAUGGAGGAACAGGAGGAAAAAAGUAGCGAUAAUAAAGAGGAUUGUAGCCAAGUUUUAGUUAAAGGAUCAAUACCAGAUUCAGUAGUUUAUUUAAAUAUGGGAAAUUUUGACCAACCUCUAACAGAGAAUUUAAUACCAGAUUCAGUCGAAGAGUUGGAGUUUUAUUCAUUCAAUUCAGAAAUAAAAAGUUUGCCAUCCAGCAUUAAGAGAUUAGUAUUUAAUAGAGGGUUUAAUCAGGACUUAUCAAUUUUACCACCUACAAUAGAGCACUUAGAUUUGGGCAGUGACUUUAACACUGAAAUUUCCAAUACA